GAAAGGUGGCACUACGACUGCAUAAAACGGAAAAACGAAGCUUCGGAGAAACUUGCAUAAUGUAUGACACAAUACGCUGAAAAUAUUGUAAUAAACCUUUCAGAGGAAAUUAAGUUCUAUCAGGGAAGAAAAAUGCUUCAUUUUCUAUUGUCCCAUCGCACUUCUGAUAAAUGAAAUCAUCAUAACGACUCGAAAUACACGGAACGAUGUACUUCUAUCCGCUGCAAAUAAUUACGACAUGGCGUUCCUCGUGACAAACCUGGACGAAUUCUCGGAUAAUUUCGCUACGACGUCGCUGAUACUGGUCGACUGCAUAAAACACGGGGUUCUGUCGAUGCGACGCGACAGUCUCAUAGAGUUAACCGACAUGUUGAGCAAGAAUCUGUUUGCAUCCGUCACGAAGCGGGAGAUCAAAAUUCGAGAGCGUUACGACAAACUGGUCGAAUUGAACACGAACUUAUACGCGAUAUUCUUUUUCGGGUGCGGAGUUAUUGUUUUCAUUACAACGACUAUCAUUGAUUUCAAGAAGAGGAGGCUGGUUGUUCCAGUCUGGUUACCAUACAACUACUCGUCCGCGACUCUGUAUCUUCUUACCAGUGCUUACGAAUGUGUAGCAGGGGAAUAUGCUAUUAUGACGUCCGCCGCCUGCGACUGCCUGUACAUCGGUCUGCUGCUUCACAUUUGCGGACAAAUCAAAGUACUUGAACAUCGGUUUCAGACGCUGACGGAGGAAGGAUAUUAUUCGUUGAACCAGUGCGCCGCUCAUCAUUACAACAUAUACCAGUUCGCAAAAACGGUGAACGAGAAAUUUACAGAAGUGAUGUUCUUUCAAUUUGCUGCGAGUACGUCGAUAACGUGUUUGAAUCUGUAUCGAGUAUUAAAUUGUGAAUCAAUAGGAAUGCUCAUAGAAACACUGCUUUACUCGUCUGCCACAUUCGCACAAAUAGCAUACUACUGUUGGUUCAGCAACGAGAGUAUUAAAUUUGCCGAUGAAAUAUUCUACAGCGACUGGGUGUCAUGGGAUCAGGAAGCUAAGAAGGUGUUUCUGAUAGUCAUUACACGUUCGGCACGACCCAUCGAAUUUUCCUGCAUGUCCAUAUUACCCAUUAAUCUGGAAUCUUUCAUGAAAGUCAUUUUGUACAUUGCAACGUUUGUACAAUUUCUGGACUUGAUACUGAACGUGGAAACGCAGGACGAACUGAGCGAUAACAUUUAUUUGAUGCUGACGAUGGUAGUCGCGUGUCAGAAAAUGUACGGUUUGUUAACUAGCCACAAGAAUAUCGCUGCGUUGACCGAUAUACUGGAGGAUGAACCUUUUCAGCCGGAAAACGGGAAGGAGGUCGGGAUUCGGGAGGAAUUUGACAAGAAAGCUCAUCAGCACGCAUUCUUUCACCUAGCAGUAACCGAAAUGUCGGUACUAUUCUACUCGUUCGCUGGUAUUCUGAAAGUAGACGAGAUAAAACUGCCAUUCAGGAUGUGGUUACCUUGCGAUUAUUUACCGUUGCCCCUGCACAUCGUUAUUUACAUGCUACAAGUUGUAUCUUUGGUAACUGGAUCAAUGGUGCACGUCGCGUGUGACACGCUAAUCUGGGGUCUGUUGAUUCACACUUGCUCGCAGCUCGAAAUACUCGGAUCUCGUCUGAAAGCUAUCAAGCCAGAUGAUAAUCAAUCCGCCAGAUUGGCGGCUCGUUACCAUAAUCGUGUGUACAGGUUUGCCAAGAUGAUAAACGAAGAGUUUAAGAUGAUUAUUUUUGUUCAGUUCAGUGUAAGUACGUUGGUGGUGUGCUUCACCCUUUACAUGCUGGUAACAACGAAAAAUUCGAAUGAUCAAUUUUUUAAAGUGAUUAUGUACGCGUGUUCUAUGUUGGUGCAAAUAUUCUUUUUCUGUUGGUACGGGAACGAAGUGAAACUGAAGAGCGUCCAAAUUUCUGACACGAUAUUCGGAAGUGAUUGGCCGUCACUCAGCAGGGAAACUAAAAGAAUUCUUUUGGUGAUCAUGAGACGAGCCACUAGGUCCAUUGAAUUUACUAGUGUUCACAUAGUGACUGUGAAUCUCGACGCUUUUGUUAACCUGCUGAAGACUUCUUACUCGGCGUUCAACAUAAUGCAACAAGCUCGAUAAUCAUAGGUGACAACGAUUUUUUGUGUGGCAACUGCAAAUGAUACUUGUGCAAUUGUAUGUUUGUAUCAACGUAUUGUCG